AUGAUAAAAACGAGUAGUUCGAUAUUGAUACUUAGUUUAGUUAUUUACAUAUUUAUUGAACAUACGAAUCGUCGAGCUCAUGAAUUAUUACAAGAAAUUGAAUAUCGUGGAAACCGUCUAAUUGAUGAAACAGAAAAACGAAUACGUCAAUUAAUAAAUGAUACUUUAUUUAAUAUUAAUAAUCAAACUACUGAACAGAUCAAUUCAGUUAUUGAACAAGGACGAAAACAUAUUCCAUUACAAAAUCCUUAUGGUGCUACAACAUGUACAGAAUGGUUUGGAUGUCAUAAAGGUUAUUGUUGGUCAGGAUGUGCUGGUGCUUUUCCAUCUAUAACUGGUCCUGAAUGGUGUUAUACAAGAAAAUCAUAUGAAAAAAUGACAUGUUUAGAAGAUAAAGAUUGUAGUGGAUGUUGGCGAUGUGCUAGUUCAUGUAGUGUUUAG